AUGAUUGAUCUUGUUCAUCUGAGUAUACCUGUCAUAGUGUUUGUGAUUUCGAUAUACCUGGUGAUCGCACCCAUUGUAGAACAGCCAAAAAUUGAAUACCUUUACGCCGCCUUUUAUAUCGUCUCCGGAAUCCUUUUUUAUAUUCCGUUCGUUAAAUACAAGAUUAGAUUUCCUAAUCUUAUCAAAUGCAUAACAAAGCAAUGCCAGCUAUUAUUGAAAGUGGUUCCCUGUGAAUAUGGACCUGACCCGGACAACAACAACUGACAUCGUAAUUAUACACUACAAGUAAAUUGUAUAUUAAAAGCCAAAUCUAUUUAAAAGUUAUAUUCAAUUCUGUCCAAAUGAAUCAAACAGAG